AUGGCGCCCCCAGCCAAGCGACGAAGGCGGAAUGUUCUUCCUUCCUCUUCCCCUUCCUUAUCUGACGACGACGAAACACCCUUAGUUAGACCCAAGGCACAGCCAUCUACGAAUCGCCAACAGUCAUCUUUGAGGUCUUUGAGUUCCUCAACUGGCGCAUCUUCUACGAGGUCGGCAAGUCAAACGAAAACUUCUCAGACGUGGCCAUCAGCUCGGGCGAAGACAUCCAAUCAUCCUAGCAAUGCCGCGCCUAUCUACCUUCCCACGAGCUCCAAGGGUCGCGCAAGCAAUGGCAUUACAAAGGAUAUAAGCACGAGCCCCGCGAAGCAAAAGUCAGGUAGGAACUUGAAGGUCGAAGAUAAGGGAAAGAGCGGCGAUUUGUAUACUUUCUUCACAAAACAAGCACAAAGGCAGCAAGCCCAAGCCAUUGGGAAUGGCGCUCCUACCGCACGACCUAGAGUUCCCUCCAGCGAAUCGAAAGAGAAUGAUUCCGAUGCUAUAUCGGACGACGAUGAUGUGACUGAGAGCAAAACCAUAUCCUCGAGCUUGGUUAGCAUAGCAGCUAGGAAACGUGGUCUGGAAUCUCACAAAAAGGUGGAAGCUGAUGCGCCCAGCAUGAGCCAACGAUUUUUGAGGAAACCAAAAUCCGCGCCUGUUAUUAAGGUUGAGGAAGAUUUGCGCCCUUGGGCCGAACGCUUUGCUCCGGCCAAUCUGGAUGAAUUGGCAGUGCAUAAGAAAAAGGUUGGAGAUGUGAGAGGCUGGCUUGAGGAUGUGAUGGGCGGUCGAAUGAGACAGCGAUUAUUGAUUUUAAAGGGAGCGGCAGGCACGGGGAAAACGACUACUGUGCAACUGCUAGCAAAAGCUAUGGAUUGCGAUGUUCUUGAAUGGCGGAAUCCUGUUGGGUCUGUCGAUACGGGAGAUGGAUAUCUCUCGGCGGCAGCGCAAUUUGAGGAAUUUCUAGGACGAGGUGGGAAGUUUGGUCAAUUAACAAUAUUUUCCGAUAAUGAGUCAGUUAUCUCGAAGCCGGAUACAGAAACUCUCGAUCGUAGGAAACGGAUCAUUUUGGUAGAAGAAUUCCCAAAUACGUUUACCCGAUCGUCGACAGCCUUGCAGUCCUUCAGAUCCGCAAUUAUUCAGUACCUUGCAUCUAAUACUCCUCCUCUGUCUCUGUUUCACAGUAAAAGUCUUCCUCAGGACCCUGUACCGCCCGUCGUUAUGGUUAUCUCGGAAACCCUUCUCACUACUACGUCUGCAUCCGCGGACAGCUUUACUGCACAUCGGUUACUUGGCCCUGAAAUCCUUCAACAUCCGGGCGUGGGCGUAAUCGAAUUCAAUGCAAUUGCGCCAACGUUUUUAGCGAAAGCAUUAGAUACCGUGGUACAGAAAGAGUCAAGAAAAUCGGGAAGAAGAAAAAUGCCCGGACCAUUAGUCUUGAAGAAGCUUGGGGAAAUUGGUGAUAUCAGGAGUGCCAUAGGGUCCUUGCAGUUCCUAUGUUUGGAUGCAGAUGGAGACUGGGGUGCUAAAAUUGCCUAUGGCAAAGCAAAAAGAGCCAAUAAAGAUUUGGCAUUGACAAAAAUGGAAGAAGAGAGCCUGGAAAUGGUCUCUCGACGUGAGGCGAGCCUUGGGAUCUUUCAUGCUGUGGGAAAGGUUGUUCACAACAAGCGUGAAGAGAAAGCACCAUCAAUCUCACCCGAUGAAGAUGUGGAAAAGCUUCAAGAUUUCAUGUCCAUCCAUUCUCGACCCAAAAGAUCCUUGGUCAUGGUAGAUCAACUCAUUGACGAGACCGGCACUGAUACCCAAACUUUUGUCGCCGCCCUUCACGAGAACUAUCUGCUAUCUUGCGAUGCCCCCUCCACUUCAUUUGACCUCUCAUCUCUGGAUCACGUAAAUGGUUGCAUUGAUGCCCUUUCGGAUAGCGAUCUCCUUUGCCCAUCUUGGGAUGGGUCUUUAAACUCAACAGGAUUUGGCGGUGGUACAGGUGGCGAUAUUCUCCGCCAGGAUGAAAUGUCAUUUCAGAUCGCAGUACGAGGAAUUCUUUUUUCGCUUCCCAAUCCUGUCACAAGAAAAGCCCCAGCAGCAGGUGGUUUUAGGACUGGAAAAACUGGCGAUGCGUAUAAAAUGUUUUAUCCGACGAGUCUCAAACUGUGGAGGAUGAAAGAAGAAAUUGAGACGACGAUUGACCUCUGGGCUACGAAAUUGAUGAAAGGCGAAGGGGCUCAUCUAACCAGUAUCACUGCCGGAGCCGCUGCAUUUGCACGACCCAAAGCAGGGACGGUUGAAAGCUGGAAAAGCACCCACAUUUUGAACCCUACCAACUCCAAUCAGUCUUCUCGAUCCAAGGAACUAUCCGAAAAAGCCACGCCACUUUUAUCAGUCGGAACUUCUGCUCGUAAGGAAAUGCUGCUUGAGCGCCUUCCUUACAUGACAAUCAUAGCGAAAUCGCGACGUACAAGCUCUUCCUCGCUUGUCAUCAGAGACCUGGAAAAGGUAACCACCUUCCGUGGUAUUGGGGCUCCUUCUGAGGAUACUCCAGAUGAUGCUGAAGAUAAUCCAGUAGGCGAGGAGUGGGCUACUGAUAAACCCGGAGAAGGAAAAAGCCCCCGAAAGAAAGGACUAGUAAUUAGAGCGAAGCAUGAUGGGGGGCUGCCAAUUCCAACUGAACAAGAGCAGAAGCUGGUGUUAAGUGAUGAUGAUAUUGAGGAUGACUAG